AUGACCGGCGAGAACAACUCCGGCGGAUUCGUAGCCGACAAAGACGACAUCCACAGAACAAAGCGACCAUCGAUAGACACCAAUGAUAGUAAUUCGAGCCGAUUCUCCGGCGAAUCUCAGAAACCGAAAAUCGGACCACCGCCGGGGACUUACGUCAUCGAACUCCCUAAGAAUCAGAUCUUCCGCGUACCUCCGCCGGAAAAUGCUCACCGUUACGAGUACCUCUCUCGCCGGAAACCAAAUCAAACGAGUUGCCGGCGAUGUUUCUGCUAUUCACUCACCGCCGUACUAAUCCUUCUCGUCCUCGCCGCAGCCGCCGUCGGAAUCCUCUUCCUCGUUUACCGGCCGCAGAAGCCACAGUUCUCCGUGAGUGGAUUCUCAGUUGCCGGAAUCAACCUGACGUCAUCGUCUCCGAUCACUCCGGUGAUCGAAGCCAAGGUUCGAUCUCAGAACGGUAAUGGUAAUAUCGGUUUGAUCUAUGUGGAAGGAAUUGCGGCUGAAGUUUUUUACAACGGAACCAAACUUGGUAACGGAGUGUUCGCGGCGCUUAAACAGCCGGCGAAGAAUGUAACGGUGAUGACGACGGCGUUAAAGGGAUCGAGAAUCCAGUUAACGAGCUCGUUGCGUAAAGAGUUAACGGAAUCGCAGAAGAAAGGGAAAGUUCCGUUUAAUCUGAGAAUUGAAGCGCCGGUUAAGUUUAAGGUUGGUGCCGUGACGACGUGGACAAUGACCGUUAAGGUGGACUGCAAAAUAACAGUGGAUAAACUAACGGCAUCAGCUACUGUGAUAACGGAAAUUUGCGAUACGGGAUUAAGCCUGUUGUGA